UGUACACAUAGGGUGAUGGCAGAGAACGAGACGUAACUGACGUGACGUGACGUGACGUGACGUUGAGUAAGGCAGAGAAAAGCCGUAAAGAUGUACGACGUGUUGUGUUGAAUGUCUGAUGAUCUAUUAAGUGCGCGGAGAGAUGAGGUUAAUCCACAUUUUUCCCUGCUAUAUAUACUACAAUUAUUACAAACGUACAUGUUUUUCUCGAUUGACGAGUUUUGUAUCUUAAAAAUAUUCCACUACUUUGAUGCAGAAUAGUAUUGCAUUAGAAUAACCUACAUGCAGCGAGCGAACUACAUCAACUACAACUUACUCAUUAAGCUAUCUCUGUACAGUUGCAUUUUUUUUCGGUCUCCCAAUCUUAUUUAUUUGCUUUUUCAGUAGAAUAUUUAGUUAUUUUGAAAGUGAUACAAGAAUAAAAAUGUUGGAUCAUUCACGUAUUGUCAAAUUUUGAUGAUUCACCUGUAACGAACACAGAUAGGUAAAAUAUGAUUUAAUUAAUUAAUAAGUAAUUAAGAAAUGUUAUUCCUUUUCAAUGCUUACAAUAUGCUUAUAACUAAUAAAAAAAAUGAGCAGUGAUAGUGAAUUUAUAAUUCUGGUAAUGAAUUGGAUAAUUACAUAUGUUUUGUUAAGACGUAAAAGAAAACAAAUUAGAUGGUUAAAUAGGCGAUGGCUUGUGAGUCCUAUUAAUACAAUGAGGAUUCAAUAUGGAGAUUAUAAUAACUUAUUUCAAAAACUAAAAGAUGAUCCUGCAUUAUUUUAUCGUUAUACCAGAAUGACAUUGGCACAUUUUCAGCAAUUAGUACAAAUGACAGAACCAUAUUUGAUAAAGAAAAGCUCUCGUGCUUUAAUACCAGAACUACGACUUUUAAUAACUCUAAGAUAUCUUGCCACAGGCGAUUUACCAUUGACUGUAGCUUUGGCAUUUAGAGUUGGUGAAUCCACAGUAAGAGAAGUGGUAAAAGAAGUUUGUAAUAUUUUGAUUAAGAUUUUGGAACCAUUAUAUCUUUCUCCACCUACAAAAGAAGAUUGGAGAAUAUGUUUUCAUGGAUAUUGGAAGAGAUGGAACAUUCCAAAUUGUGCGGGUUCCAUAAAUGGCAAACAUAUUAGAUUACGCUGUCCUCCAAACUCUGGAAGCUUGUAUUUUAAUUAUAAAAAAUUUUAUAGUGUGGUUUUAUUGGCAGUAUCUGAUUAUUUAUACAGAUUUACAUUAGUUGAUAUUGGAGCAUUUGGAGAAUCGUGGUAUUGUCAGGUAUUGUGCCAUAUCGUACAAAGCAGUACAAAGGGUCGAAGGAAGGCUCAGGGGGUCUAUUCUCGAAAAAUAUCUCAUACGAAAAUAGUAGGGAACUCUAUAAUAUAUGUAACGUAUACUAUAUAUUUUCGUAUGCGAUAUUUUUCGUGAA